ACAAAUUACAAUGCUGCAAGUGAUGAACAAAAUGGAAAACAUCUACAUUUAAUUAACUUCAUCAGUUCAUCACAUCAAAUUCUGUAUCUAUAUCUCUAUAUCUAUAUCUAUCAUCAAAUUUCCCUCAAAAUCCUCAUUACUUAAAACCCUAAAAAUCCACUUACUCAUUCAUGAACAAUUAAUCCCCAAAAAUGGAAGCAUUAACUGAACUCUGCGAUCUGAUCGCUCAAAACCCUAACCAAUUCUCCGAAAAAAUCGCUUGGAUUUGUAACCGCUGUCCUCAACCCGAAUCACUCCGAUCCCGAUCUCCUAACCCGACCCGUUCUCAACUCAAUGCAGUUCUUAUAACAGCUAGAUUCGUAUCAAAAUGCAGUUACAGUAGCAGUUUCAACGAUCCUCGGCCUCGGACGCUCGUGCUUGAGUUUAUCAGGUCGAUUCCGGCUUCGUUUGAUCAGUCGUUUUGGCCGAAAUCGUUUGGUAUUUCUUCGUUUUAUUCCGAGUUUUUUGGAUAUGUAUGUAAAGGAAGUGAAUUGUGUUUGGAAUUUCAGUCUGACGUGGCAAUGGUUAUGGGUGAUGUUGUUAUAUCUGCUUUUAAUUAUGUUAAUGCUGUUAAUUCGGUUACUGAUGUUGCGAUUUGUAAGUCGUUUUUGAAUGCUGUGUGUGAGGAUUUUCCGGGGGUUGUUGAAUCGGAUGGGAAUAAGUUAGUUUCGUGUUUGCUUGAUGGGAUUGCGAUAGAGAUAGGGAGAGGGUUAGAAAUUAGUUCGCCGAAAGGGAUAAUGAUAGCGUCUAACAACUCUUCAACACAGAGUUCACCGAUUAGUAUGAAAAACGUUGAUGGGGCGUCUAGUUCUGAAAAUGGCGGUGUGGUUGCGAAUGGAGGAGGGGUUAGUUACUUUGAAGAUGAGUUGGUGGAGAAUCUUGAGAAGCAAGAGAUUGCGUUUAAGUUAAUAGGACAUGUUCUUGAGAAAACGAAGAUAGAGCUGAAGCUUAUGGAACGAGUAGAUGUUAUUACGAAGGAUCAACUUAAAUCCAUUUCUGCUUUUUUGAAGAUAAGGAAGCGCGAUUGGAGGGAGCAGGGGUCAUUAUUAAAAACUAGAAUUAGUACCAAACUUUCUGUUUACAAAGCGGCGGUUAGGUUAAAAGUAGCGAGUCUUGCAUGUCUUGAUUCAGAUGGUAAGUCGUCGAAAGAAGUGUUGUAUAAAGCUCUGGCAUUGUUGGUAGAAGCUUCUGUAGCUUGUGUAUAUUCAGUUUGGAGAAAGCUGCGGAUCUGUGAAGAUCUUUUUGGUUCGUUACUUGAUGGUAUCUCUAAAAUUGCUGUUACUCGUGGAGGUGAUUUGCUUCCGGUUCUGUUUAUACGGUUCAAACGGCUUGUGCUUGCUACAUGUGCACAAGCUGAUACAUGGGCAAGCAGCCAGGGAGCUAUGUUUGACAGCGUCUUGAAGGCAAGCUGUGAGAUUAUAGAAUAUGGAUGGACUAAGGACCGAGCUGCAGUGGAUUCAUUUAUUAAGGGGUUGGCUUCAUAUAUUCGUGAACGUAAUGACUAUGAGGAAGAGGAUGCUAAAGAGAAGCAGGCGGUUCCCAUCAUACAACCCAAUGUCAUCUGGUUGCUUGCAGAGCUUAAUGUACAAAUUAAGAAAGCUGAAGUGGUUGACACUAUAUUACCACUAUUCAUUGAAUGUUUGGAGGAGGGUGAUGCUUCAACACCUGGCUUAUUGCGUCUCCGACUUCUUGAUGCUGUUUCUCGCAUCGCGAGUUUAGGUUUUGAGAAGUCUUAUCGCGAAGCUGUUGUGCUAAUGAUACGAAGCUACUUAAGUAAACUCUCCAGCAUUGGAUCUGCAGAGAGCAAGACCUUGCCAGCAGAGGCCAAUACUGAACGUGUUGAGACUCUUCCUGCAGGAUUCCAAUCCAUAGCUAGAGGCCUUACAAACGCAAAACUUCGAGUGGACUUUCGUCAUCGCCUUUUAUCUUUAUGCUCAGAUGUAGGUUUGGCUGCCGAGUCCAAAAGUGGAAGCAGCGGGGCUGAUUUUCUUGGGCCUCUACUUCCUGCUGUUGCUGAAAUAUGUUCUGAUUUUGACCCAACAGUGGAUGUUGAACCUUCACUGCUGAAGCUAUUUCGUAAUCUAUGGUUCUACAUUGCUUUAUUUGGCCUGGCACCUCCUGUGCUGAAAUCUCCGGUCUCGAUGAAGCCAAAUUCUACAACCCUGAACAGUGGAGGAAACACAAGUGCGGUUUCCCUUCAAGCUGUAGGUGGACCCUACAUGUGGAAUUCUCAGUGGUCUUCUGCUGUUCAGCGCAUAUCGCAAGGGACUCCACCCCUUGUUGUCAGCUCCGUAAAAUGGCUAGAGGAUGAGUUAGAACUUAAUGCCCUUCAUAACCCUGGUAGUCGGAGAGGAAGUGGAAAUGAGAGAGUUGCUUUAAGCCAAAGGACGGCCCUUUCUGCAUCAUUGGGAGGACGUGUUGAGGUUGGAGCAAUGAGCACGAUUUCAGGGGUGAAGGCAACUUAUCUUCUUGCAGUUGCAUUUUUGGAAAUUAUUAGAUUCAGCAGCAAUGGUGGCAUCCUUAAUUGUGGUCCCAGUUCUACUGCAUCUAGGAGUGCGUUCAGCUGUGUUUUUGAGUAUCUCAAAAGCCCAAAUCUUACUCCGGCUGUCUCUCAAUGCUUAAUGGCUAUUGUUCAUCGCGCUUUCGAGUCAGCAUUAUCAUGGCUGGAGGCUCGAAUAUGUGAGACAGGUGAUGCCGCAGAGGCCAGAGAGUCGACUCUGACGGUCCAUGCUUGUUUCUUCAUAAAAAGUUUGUCCGCGAGAGAAGAUCAUAUUCGUGAUUUAUCAGUAAAUCUGUUGUCUCAAUUGAGAGAUCGAUUUCCACAGAUCUUGUGGAAAUCUUCUUGUCUGGAUUCUCUUCUCUUCUCAGUGAACAAUAACCCGCCUUCAGCUCUUGUCAAUGAUCCUGCUUUGAUAACUUCUGUUCGCUCAUUGUACCAAAAGGUCGUGCGGGAGUGGAUUAUCGUUUCACUAUCAUAUGCUCCAUGCACCAGCCAGGGUCUUCUACAGGAGCAACUUUGUAAAGCAAACACAUGGCAAAAAGCACAGCCAACGACAGAUGUUGUUUCUCUUUUAUCUGAGAUACGCAUAGGUACCGGUAAAAUUGAUUGCUGGACAGGCACAAAAACUGCCAACAUCCCCGCAGUAAUGGCAUCUGCAGCCGCUGCAUCAGGUGGAAAUCUGAAGUUAUUGGAGUCAUUCAACAUUGAAGUUCUCAGCACUGCUAUUGUCAGUGCCACAGUCAAGUGUAAUCAUGCAGGAGAAAUUGCUGGCAUGACAAGAUUGUAUGAAAACAUGGAAAGUGCAGAUGAUGACUCUGAAGUUGCUACAUCAGCUCCUGGCCCCGCUGGUCUUUCAAGGCUGAUAUCUGGAUCUUUUCCUCAAGCACCCCGACCCAAAAAGCAAUCCUUUAGUGAGAUACUACUUAAUAAGUUUGUGCGUCUUCUCCAAAAGUUUGUUUCUGCUGCAGAGAAGGGGGCGAAUGUUGAUAAGUCGUCAUUUCGUGAGACCUGUUCUCAGGCCACUGCCCUACUUCUUUCACAUCUGGCUUCGGAUAAAAAGCCUAGUGCAGAAAGCUUCUCACAGCUCUUGAGACUUCUUUGCUGGUGUCCAGCUUAUAUUUCUACACCUGAUGCUAUGGAGACUGGUGUAUUCAUUUGGACAUGGUUAGUUUCUGCUGCUCCUCAGUUGGGCUCAGUAGUUCUUGCAGAGCUUGUUGAUGCAUGGUUAUGGACCAUUGAUACCAAGCGUGGACUCUUUGCAUCUGAAGUGAGGUUCUUUGGACCAGCUGCUAAAUUAAGGCCUCAGCUUGCACCAGGUGAGCCAGAAGUGCCACCCGAAAAGGACCCAGUUCAGGAGAUUCUAGCACAUAGGCUAUGGCUUGGAUUUUUCAUCGAUCGUUUUGAGGUAGUUAGACACAACAGUGUUGAACAACUUUUGCUUCUUGGCAGAAUGUUGCAGGGGACUACAAAAUUUCCCUGGAGAUUUUCACGCCAUCCAGCUGCCAUCGGUACAUUUUUCACGGUCAUGCUUCUUGGACUUAAAUUGUGCUCAUGCCAAUAUCAGGGUAACCUGCACAAGUUUAAACUAGGACUUCAGCUGUUAGAAGACAGGAUUUAUAGGGCUUCUUUAGGCUGGUUUUGCCAUCAACCUGAGUGGUACGAGACAAAUAACGGGAACUUUGCACAAAGCGAGGCUCAAUCUGUUCAUGCUUUUGUUCAUUUUCUGUUAAAUCAGCGAAUGGAUGUUUCUCAAAAUGAUUCAAAAGGACAUGGCCAGGAAAAUGGGAACUCAUUGCUGAAUUUGAAGGAUUCGUAUCACCCAGUUUGGGGAUCAAUGGAGAAUGAUACUAUUUCGAGGGAGAAGAGGAAGCAGCUACUUUUAAUGUUAUGCCAACAUGAAGCAGAAAGGCUUGAUGUUUGGGCACAACCUCUUGGCUCCAAAGAUAGCACAUCUUCUAGGCUUAAAAUUAACUCGGAGAAAUGGACAGAAUUCGCAAGAACUGCCUUUGCCGUGGAUCCUCGGAUUGCUUUUUCUUUGGGUGCUAGAUUUCCUACAAAUUUAUCUCUUAAGUCUGAACUCAUUCAGUUGGUUCAGUCGCAUAUAUUGGAGAUUCGUACCAUACCCGAGGCUUUACCAUACUUUGUGACUCCUAAGGCAGUAGAUGAAGAUUCUCCACUUCUGCAGCAAUUAACACACUGGGCUGCAUGUUCAAUUACACAGGCAUUGGAGUACUUCACUCCUGCAUAUAAAGGUCACUCACGUGUUAUGGCUUAUAUUCUGAGGGUAUUGGAGUCCUAUCCUCCGUCACGUGUUACCUUUUUCAUGCCCCAGCUAAUCCAAGCGUUAAGAUAUGACGAUGAGAAGUUGGUUGAAGGAUACCUGAUUAGAGCUGCUCAAAGGAGUGACGUGUUCUCUCAUAUACUCAUAUGGCAUUUACAGGGUGAGAACUGUGCACCAGAACAAGGGAAAGAAGCAGUGUCAGAAAAGACAACAGCGUUUUUGUCUCUGCUUCCCCUUGUUAGACAACACAUCAUCGAUGGUUUCAAUCCUAAGGCUCGUGACAUCUUUCGCAGAGAGUUUGCUUUCUUUGAAAAAGUUACAUCAAUAUCAGGUGUUCUCUAUCCGCUUCCAAAAGAAGAAAGACGAGAUGGUAUACGGAGAGAGUUGGAAAAGAUUCAGUUGGAUGGUGAUGACCUUUAUCUACCUACAGCUCCUAAUAAGCUUGUCAAGGGUAUACAGGUUAAUAGUGGAAUACCCUUACAAUCAGCUGCAAAAGUCCCAAUUAUGAUCACGUUUGAUGUGGCUGAUCGAGAUGGAGAUCCUAAUGUUACAAAGCCUCAAGCUUGUAUUUUUAAGGUUGGAGACGACUGCCGACAAGAUGUGCUUGCUUUACAAGUUAUUUCACUUUUAAAGGAUAUAUUUGAAGCAGUUGGAAUUGAUCUUUAUUUGUUUCCUUAUGGAGUACUUCCAACUGACCCAGAAAGAGGAAUAAUUGAGGUUGUUCCAAAUACCCGUAGUAGAAGCCAGAUGGGUGAGACGACUGAUGGAGGCUUAUACGAAAUUUUUCAACAGGACUUUGGAGCAGUUGGGUCUCCAAGUUUUGAAGCUGCCCGUCAUAAUUUUAUUAUCAGCAGUGCUGGUUAUGCCGUUGCCAGCUUAUUACUUCAGCCAAAGGAUAGACAUAACGGAAAUCUUUUAAUUGAUAAUGCUGGCAGGCUUGUCCAUAUUGAUUUUGGUUUCAUCUUGGAAACGUCACCUGGUGGAAACAUGCGCUUUGAAAGUGCUCAUUUUAAGUUGAGUCAUGAGAUGACCCAGUUGCUAGAUCCCUCUGGUGCAAUGAAAAGUGAAACAUGGUUUUUGUUUGUAAGCUUGUGUGUGAAGGGAUACCUUGCUGCUCGUCGGUAUAUGGAUGGAAUCAUAAACACAGUAUUAAUGAUGGUAGAAAGCGGAUUACCUUGUUUUAGCAGGGGGGACCCCAUUGGUAAUCUAAGAAAGAGGUUUCACCCAGAGAUGAGUGAGAGAGAAGCAGCAAACUUCAUGAUCCGUAUAUGUGCAGAUGCAUAUGACAAAUGGUCAACCGCCGGCUAUGAUCUGAUUCAAUAUCUACAGCAGGGCAUCGAAAAGUGAAACUGCGUUAGGGUGGUGAAUCACGCUAUGUACACUUUAUUACAAUUGUGUAAUCUAUUGUAUGUUUGUAUCCUAAAUCUUCGAGGAAUCUUUACUAUUUUAAGCAGGCAUGUAGAAAGAGAGGUGAAAGCUCAUAAUUGAGUUAUUGCUGACUUGUGAAAAGUGUGAAGUAAUUAAGAGAAGCAUCAUCUAUGGUACUUUCUUACCUCAGUGUGAAGUGGAAGACUUGUCCGAACCCAAGUGUUAAUUUAUCUAACCAUUUUUUACAA